CAACUUUGUAGACCACAGUCUCACAGUCUCACAGUCCCCCAGUCCCUCAGUCCCAGGAAAGUUUUGUGUGUGCUGCAGGCUGGCAACGCUGCCGACUCACCGGAGCAGCCUUCAUUCACUCACCCGCCCCACAGCGCUCGACUCCCGGCUGACUGACACCCAGGCUGCCCGCUGCCAAUCCUGGCUGACAAGCAAAGCAAGACCAUGGCCGACCGCUUCGACUGCGACAAUUGCAAGGAGUCCUUGUACGGCCGCAAGUACAUCCAGUCGGACAGCAGCCCCUACUGCAUCCCCUGCUACGACAGCCUCUUCUCCAACACCUGUGACGAGUGCAAGGAGCUGAUUGGCCAUGACGCCAGGGAGCUGUUCUACGAGGACCGCCACUACCACGAGCACUGUUUCCGCUGUUUCCGCUGCGACCGCUCCCUGGCGGACGAGCCCUUCACCAACCAGGAGGAGGCGCUGCUCUGUAACGACUGCUACUGCAACGAGUUCUCCUCCAAAUGUGUCGCCUGCGACAAGAUCGUCAUGCCGGGUAGCAGGAAGCUGGAGUACGCGGGGUCCACGUGGCACGAGGGCUGCUUCAUCUGCCACGCCUGCGAGCAGCCCAUCGGCUCCAAGUCCUUCAUCCCCGAGAAGGACGAGCACUACUGCGUGCCGUGCUACGAGGACAAGUUCGCGCCGCGCUGCACUCGCUGUAAAAAGACCCUGGCCAAAGGUGGCGUGACCUACCGGGACGAGCCGUGGCACAAGGAGUGUUUCGUGUGCAGCAGCUGUAAAACGCAGCUGGCCGGCCAACACUUCACUUCGCGGGACGAGAACCCGUACUGCCUCAAGUGCUUCGGCAGCCUCUACUCCAAGAAGUGCGAGGCCUGCAGCAAACCAAUCACAGGUUUCGGCGGGGGCAAGUACAUCUCCUUCGAGGAGCGCCAGUGGCAUCAGCCGUGCUUCACCUGCUCCCAGUGCUCCGUGUCGCUGGUGGGCGCCGGCUUCUUCCCCGACGGCGAGCGCAUCCUGUGCCGCGACUGCCACAACAGCCUAUAAACAUCCGCCUCCCGUCAGCCCUUUUUCUCCUGCAGGAGCCAAAGUCUUAGCGGUAACACGGGAAAACUCACACAAAAAACACAAAAACUUCCUCGUGCUGUAUGGACCAAGCUUCCAUCAUCAUCAUCAUUGUUUUUAUUUGUUUUUUGGC